AUGCCGCGGGUGACGAAGAAGACUGCCAAGCCGGCGGUCAAGCCUGCGGGUUCUGAUGUGUUGGAUCUGGCAACUAAGGGUCACCAGUCAGAGCCGGCUACGCCAAUGCCGCAUUUGAAGGAUGUGGAAGGCCCCUUUGACGGUGGUGUGCGCGCAUCGUUGGUGAAGAGGUUGUCGGCGCUUAAGUUUCCCUCCACGAGUGCGCCUGCUGAAGAAGGGGACAGCAACGCUAGCGACGGACAAGGCAAAGAGGAGGAGGUGAAAUCGCCGAUCGCUGCUCCCGAAGCACCUGAGGAGGGGAGUGAAGACGAGGACGACGAGGAUGAUGGGUAUCUCAGCGAUGACCCUGAGGAGCGUUUUGAUCCGGUGAAAGCUGGAGAAAUUGCUGCGCGCGCAGGCUUCUCCAUCACGCUGCUGAUCCCGAUCAAGCACGAGGAGGAGGUUCCCCGUACUAUUGACACGGUCAAGGGGCUCCUCGCGCUGUGGAGGAAGUUUAUGUCGGCUCACGUACUGACGACGACCAGAUGCCAAGUUCUCCUGCCGGCGUGGUUGUCGAAGAAGCGAUAUGGGAGGAUGCAAGUUACUUUCCAGCAAGCAUCGGACGCGAACUAUGUGUGGUGUCGCCGGAUCCAGCACAAGAUGUUGAACGAGGAGAGCAUUUACCUGGACUGGCAGCACCCGGAAAACCCGAUCCACGUCCAGGAGCGCGCGGCUAACCCAGAUUCCAUCGAAGUGCUGCUGAAGAGUGUCCCGGCGGCUAUCACGUCGGAAAUGGUUUAUGAAUACUUGGUGAAGACAGUGCUGGAGAAGCGGGGUCGGACGCCUUUUCUCAACAGUGCAGCUUUCCACAGGGUGGUGGAUCCGGUUACUGGUGCAGACACUGAUAAGAUUCGGGCUGCGUCCCUGCCUUUAGACGCGCGGGUGAAGAAGAUCUUGCGCGACCCUGCGGUGGUGUUGGUCUCCACGGGCGGAAGCCGGGAGGAGUGGUUGUGCGUCCAGGAGGCGUGUGGCAAGGCGCAUGGUUCCAGUUUUACGCAGGCGCUAGCACAUGUGAAGUCGGUGCAGCACUGUACCGCUAUCCUGCAGGGAGAUGCAGCAAGCAGGAAGAGCAGGGGGAAAAUGAACUUCCUUCCGAUCCGCAAGGAGUUUGGGCUGUAA